AAACAAAACACUUAUUUAAACGAAGUACAUUUGUUUAUGUGUGUUCAUAUUGAGUUAUAGCAGUUAACAUGUGGUAUUGUAUAAUGUGAUUUGAAGUUUUCCGAAAUUAUUUUUAUUGUGAAAAUUGGAAUGUUAGGCAUAUGUACGUGUAUAGCUAUGUAUCUCAAUGCGCAUGUAUGGGUAUGCUUCCAAUUUAUUAACGGUUAAUUUAGAUCUUAAACAGUACAUGUUUCAUUUAUAGUAGGAGUUAAUAACACGCAUAUCUUUGAUCUAAUUGAAUUAUAAUUAAUUACAUUCACACGAAUAGGUCCAAUUUACCACAGUUAAGUAACUAAUCUCUUGUAUACAAAUUGUUAGUUUCUUACCGAAGGUUGAUAAGUGUGCUGCAGACAUAGUACAACUAAAAAAUGAACAUCCUCACAAAGCCAACAAAGAAUUUACAUUGUAUAUACCGUUGUUUCAAGUGGAUCUAUACGAUCUUAUACUAUACUGGCAGUCUUUGCUUUCAACUACGAGGCGAAUCAUUUCAAUUAACGAAAGCCAACAUUAUUUACACCAAUUCCAUAAGAUUAUCUUUAAUGUUUGGAUUUCUUGGUAGCAUACUACUGAAGUACACGGAUGAUGAAAGCUCCAAAGCCAUUUUCGAUCGCUUAUCACCAGUUUUGAAAUUUAUACUCGCACUGGAAUGCUUCCUCAGUGCUAUGACAUAUAUCGCCGUCUGCACAACAAUGCAUACAAACAGAUACAAACAUUUAAAGUUGCUCCGACGGUUUAAAGAACUGGACGCACAAAUUCAAAUCGAUUUUAACUAUAUUAAAUGGAAUUAUCAUAAAACAAUGCGUAAAUUUACAACAUUUACCCUAAUUGUCAUGAUUUACUAUUAUACUGUUUCGUUUAUUUAUCUUUUUAAAUUGUCGAAUUGCAAUUGUGAUUAUGUAACAACAUUUGUGUUUGCACUGUGCUAUGCGAGCAUUACUAUUGCACCAAGUUCUACAGUCUUUCUGCAUUUGGGCAAGAUGGAUCUGCUACGCAUACGUUACCGUUUAAUAAAACGGUUAUUGAAGCAGCAAUAUGCCUUAGCAGUGGAUUUGAAGCGACAGCAUAAAUUUGAAAUGCGUAUUUCGCGCCUAAUUGAUUAUUGUAAAAGCUAUAUUCAACUGAUUUUACAAAUAAACGAUGUACUUGGCGUCGUGUGUGGUAUAAGUUUGUUUCAUGAUUUCGCUGUGCUUACAAACAUGACAUUUCUAAUGUGUCAAAAAGCAACGGAAACAAAUACAAGUGUCGAAGAAUAUUUAUUCAUAUUCUUAUUUAUGUUGCCGCGAAUUUAUAAGGUAAUCAUAUAUGCGGUGUAUGGAUAUGUAACGCAGAAGGAACAACGGAAUUGUACUCAUGAGGCCAGGAAGUGUGAAAAAUAUUUGACGCGCUCUAAAGCGACACGCAGUAAGCUGGAAGCAUUCCUUCACUGGCAAAUGCAGAACACAUAUUCGCUUUUGGUUGGAAAAGUGACGCGUUGUAAUAUUAUUUUGCUUUAUACGGUACGUUAUUGAUCAAUUCUCAUGUGGCAGUUUUUUGUUUCGAUUUUAUAAAACUGAUUGUUGUUUUUAUAUAUUUUUCAUAUUUCGUAGACCGUUAAUAGCAUUGCAAGCAGCGUUCUUAUAUUAAUACAGCUACAAUUCCAGCAAAACAGCAUUACCAAUCGUAUGAAAAACCAACAAAUGCUACAGGAUGUAGAAUUUAUAUAACGAAAAUCAUGAAUUUAUUAAUUCAAAGUGUUUGGCAUAUAAUAACAAGCAAUAUCUUGUACGAAAAAC